GUGUCUCUCACGAGGUCAGGUGUUCAAACCCUCUCAGGUUCUUUUUUGUCCCUGAAUUCCUGAAAUUCACCUCCCUUUGAAGUUGUGGGGUAGGUUGGUACAGAAUUAGUCAAGUGAACCAUAAAACGGACAUAUGAAAAUCCGGUGCGUAAUCCAAAUAAGUAAAGGGGGAUGCGUAAACCAAAAAAAAAAGUAAAGGGGGAAAACCAGCCCUAACCUGCUCAAUAAGAUCGAAAAUGGUAAAGAUACAGCUAUCGAAGGGAGGACGUUCCUUUCGUCUCUAAUGGCGAGCGGAGGAGAAGCUUUCAACGAAAGAAAAAACUACAGCCAUCGGAGGAUGGAGGUUUCUUUCGUCUCUAAUGGCGAUUGAAGGAGGAGCUUCAAUGAGGAAAACCGCAGGAGCUGAAACUGGGAAGUGGGAACUAUGGUGUCGUUUUAAAGAUGACAACGGAAUUAAUUUUAAGAAAAGAGAAACGAAACGUUCGCGGGUGACGCGGCGAACCCCCCUGUCACUCGGCACGCGACGCACGAAGAAUAGCUCUUUAAAUAUAAAGUGGUACAAAAUUACACAGCUGCGUCACUGCUUCGGAUAUCAUGAAACGCGCGAGACCCAGAUCGCGUCUCUUCAGCAGCUCCUCGGCGACCCAACCGUCGGAGCGAGUACCCAAUAGUCCAGUCUCCCUUCCCGCCAGUAAAGAGCUCCACGCCCACCUCAUCAGAACCAAAGUGCACACAGACCCAGCUUCGAUGGCAGACGUUAUCCGCUCAUAUGCACUCUCUCCCGCCAAUAUCCGCAAAGCCCAUCUCGCUUUCGAUCAGAUUGAACGACCCACAUUGUUGGUUUGGAACCAUAUUAUACGGGGAUCGUCACAGGGUGACCAACCCAUUGAAGCAAUUCACAUGUAUGAUAAUAUGCAUCGGCAAGGAUUAUCCGUUAAUAGCCUGACGUUUAUAUUUGUUUUCAAGGCUUGUGCACGAGUUUCGGAUGUUGUACCUGGCCAGCAGGUUCAUAAUCAUGUCUUCAAACUUGGGUUUGAGUCCUUUCUUUACGUGGCUAAUGCUUUAAUUCAUAUGUAUGCGCAUUGUAGUCAUUUGGGUUUUGGACAGAAGGUGUUCGAUGAAAUGUUUGUGAAGGAUUUGGUUUCAUGGAACUCUCUGAUUUGCGGGUACAGUCAGAGUAAUAGGUUUAGGGACGUUCUGGGUAUUUUUGACGCGAUGCAGGUGGCAAAUGUGAAGGCUGAUGCAGUUACAAUGGUGAAAGUUGUUUUAGCUUGUAGCCAUUUGGGAAAUAAGGAAUAUGCCAAUUCUAUGGUCAAGUAUAUCGAGGAGAACGGCAUUGAAGUGGAUGUUUACCUGGGAAAUACUUUGAUUGAUAUGUAUGGACGGCGUGGAUUGUCAGAAUUAGCACAGGGGGUUUUUGAUCAAAUGCGGGAAAGAAACAUUGUUUCUUGGAAUACCAUGAUCAUGGCGCAUGCAAAAGCAGGGAAUUUGGUUGAAGCACGAAAGCUUUUUAAUGAUAUGUCUAAAAGAGAUGUGAUAUCUUGGACUUCUAUGAUUACAGGUUACUGUCAAGCAAACCAAUUUUCUGAUGCGGUUAGGCUUUUUCAAGAAAUGAUGGCUGCUAAGGUGAAACCUGAUGCAAUUACAGUAGCCAGUGUGCUAUCUGCUUGUGCCCAUCUUGGUAUGCUUGAUUUGGGAGAGGCAGUUCACGACUAUAUUUGCAAGCAUGAUAUAAAAGCAGAUAUUUAUGUGGGGAAUGCUCUGAUAGAUAUGUACUGCAAAUGUGGGUUGGUUGAGAAGGCACUGGAGGUGUUUCAAGUGAUGAAAGUGAAGGACUCUGUAUCUUGGACUUCAGUUAUUUCAGGGCUAGCUGUGAAUGGUUUUGCAAAUGCUGCAGUUGAGCUCUUCUCGCAAAUGUUGAGGGAAGGUGUACAGCCAACACAUGGAACCUUUGUUGGGAUUUUAUUGGCUUGUGCUCAUGCUGGCUUGGUGGAUGAUGGCUUGGGCUAUUUUGAAAGUAUGGAAAAAGUUUAUGGAUUAGUUCCAGAAAUGAAACAUUAUGGGUGUGUUGUCGAUCUUUUGAGCCGCUGUGGUUUUCUAGACAAGGCAUAUGAGUUUAUAAAGAAACUGCCAGUAGUUCCAGAUGUUGUAGUGUGGAGGAUGCUGUUGAGUGCAUGUAAGCUUCAUGGAAAUGUGGCCCUAGCUGAGAUUGUCACAAAUGAGCUUCUUCAAUUGGAUCCGUCAAACAGUGGGAAUUAUGUUCUCUUGUCGAAUGCCUAUGCAGGUGCAGAUAGAUGGAAUGAUGCUAUAAAAACGCGUCGAAUGAUGGAAGAGAGUGAUGUACAGAAGCCAUCUGGUUGUAGCUCUAUUAAGGUUAAUUUAUAACACCAAAUAACUCUUGAGAACUACAUAUUUUGCAAGCUCAAAAGAAAAAUGGUUUGAGCACAAUAUCCAGAAAGAAACAGAGGGAUAUUCCUGGAUCUGUACAUCUUUGUAGAGAAAGUUUGCUUUCCUCUGAGGAAAUAACUGAAUAGUCAGAAAAUGAGCAAACAUGAGCAAUAGACUCGAAUAGACACCAAAACCUCACUGUUGUAUUUAACCAAGCUGUGUUCUCUGCAGUGUGGAGCUAUUAGUUGCCUUACAGUUCUACUAUGUUGAAGUUCCUUUUCAGUAAGGGAACAGAUUGAAUAAUGAUGGUUAUGGAAGAUUAAUCAUAAUGCAAACAGCUUGAUGGCUAUGGAAAGACUGGUUAUGAUGAAGUGGUGAAACAGAUUUCAUGAAGAUUUGCAGUGGCAGGUGAUAUGUUGCUUCUUAUAUGCCUAAGAAACCAUGGUGACUAGCGGCGAUGGAGCCAGCAUUGUAAUAUAAUCUCAUGUAUCUCAGUAUCAUACAUGAGCGAAUCCUGAGGUGAGUCCUUUAUGGGCAGGCCAAGGCAGCUUUAUAUCUUUUGAAGCAAAACUUGAUGGUCACCUUAGCCCCCCAAGCAGGGCCCCUUCCUCUUUUCUUUUCUCUCAUUUCAAAAGCAGAGGAAACAAAAAGAUUGAUUGUUCCAGCUUCUCUUUGGAGCCAAUACAUAGGUUUAUUCAUGAUGUGUUCACAGAAAUUUUAAUGAGUUGUAUAGGGUGAUAUGCUUUCCCUUGAUAAGUUAAACUGGAGAAAGAAAGCACCAUAGCAGCAGAAGACAAGUGAUUGCACUGUUUUUAGAGAGCAUUCAAAGAAAGCCUUUGGCCAGCCUCAGGCAAACUAGAGAGCGAAACUGCAAGUCAAAUACCUUGCUGCAGUUGGAGUAAGAGGAACAGUCAUCUGACUCUGGCCCAAUCCUACCAGGCACACUUUGCCGCCUGCACGAGUGGCAUUCAAAGCAGUCGACAUGGUUUUGUUAAAGCCAACACAAUCGAAGCUCACAUCAAUCUCAGAGCCUAUGGCAUUUUGUAUUCGUGCUACUUCUUCACCAAUAUCCUGCAAAAUCAUCUCCAUGUUAAACCCAACAUUAUUUCAUUGAACCAAACCAUUUCAAGCUGAAAUGAUUUCCCAGAACAUAAUACCACAAAUCUUAACAUUGUGAUUGCAGGUGCGAGAUAAAUUUAUGACAUGAAACAAG